CCGGGUUGCCCGCCCCAGCCUUCCGCAGCCGCCCGGCCGUCGUUGAGCGUCUGGGAGGAUUCGGGCCCCAGAUCCAGCCUCCGCCGGCGGGGAUAUCGCCGCUCCGCCAAAGCGAUUGCUUACGAUAGCUUAUUUCUUGAGGCAACUCCCUGAAGGCCUAACUGAGGCUUGACAGUAUAAUGAUUUUUAUAUCACUUAGAGGUUUCUACUGCAAAGUGAGGAUUGAAUGUCUUCGCUCGCAAUGACAACUAAUAGCGGAAAGGAUCCAAACAAGGGCAGAGAGGCUUCAGGACCUCCAUCAGCUCCUCAAGAAGGUGAAAUCAGCAAAGAACCACAAAGACGACGACCUCUCAAUGGGAGGACCACUGGUCCAACACGGCGUUCCACCAAAGGAAAUUGGACCCCUGAAGAGGACGCCAUAUUGUCCAGGGCUGUUCAGACAUACAACGGGAAGAAUUGGAAAAAAAUAGCGGAAUGUUUUCCGGGCAGAACCGAUGUACAAUGCUUGCACAGGUGGCAAAAGGUUCUAAACCCUGAAUUGGUCAAAGGGCCAUGGUCCAAAGAAGAAGAUGACAUCAUUGUUCAGAUGGUAAAUAAACUUGGACCAAAGAAAUGGUCAACCAUUGCUCAGGCUUUGCCUGGACGUAUAGGAAAGCAAUGCCGUGAACGGUGGUACAACCAUCUUAACCCUGGCAUAAAUAAGGAGGCAUGGACACAAAAAGAGGAAAUUACCCUCAUACAUGCUCAUCGAAUGUAUGGAAAUAAGUGGGCUGAGCUGACAAAAUUUUUACCAGGAAGGACGGACAAUGCAAUUAAAAAUCACUGGAACAGUUCGGUAAAGAAGAAAGUCGACUCAUACAUGUCAUCAGGUUUACUAACCCAAGUCUCGAGUCUCCCUCUAAAUGAAUAUUCUGCACAUUGUAAUUCCUCACCUGCGAUGACCCAACAAAACAGUGAAGAUAGUGGUUGUUUUGCUGUUCAAGAGGUUGAAAAUUCAUCAGGCUGUAGUCAAUCAUCACUUGCCAAGGUUUCUUGCUCCCAAGUGCACAAUACCAGUGUGGCAUUGGGCUGUGAUUUGCAAACAAAUGGGAAUGUUGAUAAGAAUGAAACACAUGAUUCUCAAUCUUCCAUGGGUCACGAAGCAUGCUACACUUCUGCAGAGGCUGCUGCAUCUGUUAUGACUGAUGUGCAUUACCAUGUUUCUUCCUCCAACUUUGAUCCAGAUCAACACUUGCAAGAGGAUUUUGCUCAAGGAUUGAAUUUGCACAUGAGUAUAGAUGAAAUGCCAAGUGCUCCUAAUUCUGCAGAUAACCAGUCUCUUUGCAGUAUAGAAAAUCAUGAAAGAUCCCUGGAAUCAUAUGAUGUAGAAAUGGAGAUGCCUCUCUCUUUGUUACCAAGUGAUUCUGGAGCUGAGCAAAAACUACAUUUCAUGUCCGAAGCUGAUUUCAACAGUCCUAAUUGUUUGAAAUCUGAACUCUGGCAGGAUAUUUCCUUACAGAGCCUUCUUUCUGGACCUGAUGCAGUUCAAACUGAUUGUUUUUCAAGGUUAAAUCAACAAUCGGAUGCACAUUCCUCUAAAGCAGAUACCCAUUUUUUAGCACCAUCCUGCCCGUUACAGACAUCAAAUCCUUCCUGUGUGAUGGAGGAUGCUUACGACCAGAGUCCACAGAUGUCAGUGCCGCCAUCUCUUAUCUGUUCAAAUGUUAUGACUGAUGCACCUUCUGACAACAGACCAGAGCCAAAGGAAAUGCCACUUUCUCAGGCAGAAAUGGUCAUGCAAUCUUCCAGUUCUUCUGGUGAUGCUGAAAUGUUUGCUAACCCUGGUAGUAGCAAUGACUGGCAUGUUCCUUCUUCAACGAUGGGAAGGAUACCUGAAUUUGGGCAUCAACAAGUUACUAAUGUGGAAGAACCUAAAGCCAGUGUAGAGAAAGAGCCAUCGCUUACGCAGAGUAUGACUGCACCAGAUGAAAAGAAGGAACAGGAGGAGGGAGCCCUAUUCUAUGAACCUCCUCGUUUUCCAAGCGUAGAUGUUCCAUUUGUCAGUUGUGAUCUUGUAACCUCUGAAGAUCUCCAAGAGUAUAGUCCCCUUGGCAUUCGGCAGUUGAUGCAUUCCACCAUGAAUGUCUGCACUCCAAUAAGGUUGUGGGGCUCCCCUACCCAUGAUGGAAGCCCUGACGUUUUACUGAAGAGUGUUGCCAAAAGCUUCAUAUGCACACCGUCAAUACUGAAGAAACGGCACAGAGAUUUCUUGUCUCCUAUUCCAGAUAAAAGAAUCGAGAAGAAAUGUGUGACUGACAAGGAUCGUGGGGUAUCAUACACAUCCUCCACCGGCAUUCAAACAUGUUUCAAUGCCACUAACGAUGAUUCACUUAUAACUAAAUCAGUUUUGCGUAUUGAGCGAUCUGCUUCUUCUAAACCUCUGGAAAAGAAUCUUUUCUCUGAUGAAAACAAGGAAAAUUGGACCUACACAACUGAACAGGCAAAAGAUGGACAGAGUGCAAAAAAUGAUGAACACAUGGACGAGCAGGCAAGACAGGAACGCCAUUCUACAACAAAUAUAGCUACUACUUAUGAUGAUCUGCCAGGAAAUUUACAACCUGCAGGUAUUCUUGUUGAGCACAGCAGUGAUGAUCUCGUUUCCCCGGCUUAUGACAAAAAUACCAUGAAUCAGAAGCUAAACACAAAUAUUGAACCUUUAUCGGUCUGUAAGGAGGGAGUGUGUGCUAAAUCAAAGCCCAAGGAACUCAUCGUGGAGAAAUCUUCACCAUGCAUAAAUGUUGAUUAUGAAUAUGUGAACAUAUUUGCUGAUACCCCAGGUAUCAAAAGAGGACUAGAAUCUCCUUCAGCAUGGAAGUCCCCUUGGUUUGUCGAUAUGCAAUUUCAGGGUUCAUACUUCGUCAGCCCAGCUGAUAGAACUUACGAUGCGCUAGGAUUGGUGAAGCAGAUAAAUGUGCAGACUGCUGCUGCUUUGGCAGAAGCCCGUGAGGUGCUGGCAAGCGGCGGCCAAUGUGACAACAUAAACUCUGAUAAGGAAAACAUGCAGAAUCCAGAUGCCAAGGAGGAACCAGGAGCAACCAAAUUGCCAACAAAAAUCAUGGCCGAGGCGAGAAUCCUGGAUUUCAACGAAUGCACACCUGUAAGAUCAUCAGAUAAAAACGCUGGCAGCAGUCUGGGAAGAUCUCUGGGCUCACCUAUUCCAUCGUCCAAUCUUCUGAAAAGUUUUCGAUAGGUAGAUAUACGAGGGAUACACCUCAGACUUGCUGUAACAAUCAUCAUGUGAAUGUUCUUGUAUUACCGUAAAGAAAGCUGCUUCUUGU